CAUGCAUCUCCCUGCCGCUCCUCCACCUUUUUUCUUAUCCUAACCCUACUGCUACCCUUCUACUUCUUCUUCCCGCAUCCCCGCUGCUCUUCUUGUUAUGCCCCUGCUGCUCCUCCUUCUCCUCUCUCCAAGCCCCGCUGCUGCUCCCUUCGCGUACCUUGCUGCUCCCUGCCUCUUCUCUGAACCUUUUGCUGCUGCUCCUUCCCCCACGAACCUGCUGCUGCUCCUUUCUCAAUGCUCCUGCUGCUUCUUCUCUCCCACACCUCUUGCUUUUGCUCUUCUCUGAACCAAAACUGUUGUUUCUUUCUCUUACCCCGCUGUUGUUCUCUCCCUCUACUAAUCUUGAUGCAGAUUGUCUCCAACUUGCCUCCCUGCUGAUCUUCUCCAUCACCUACACCAUCUACAGCUACAAGCCUAAAGAUUGAUCGGGAAUUAAUCUCUGAAUCUCUCUCUUCUCUUGCUACUGUACUCUGAAUUUUUGUACUGUUCUACUAAGUUGUUUGUUCAGUUUCAAAUCUGUCAUAUGUGAAUUGUUCUGGGGCAUGUGACUCCCUAUUCUUGUAUGAGUUAAUUAGUUAAAUUGGUCACUUGAGUACUACACUUGUUGCGUAGUCGAGUUGGUUCAGUUUUAGUUACUGUGUUGCUCAAGUACCUGUGAUAUAUGAAUAUGUGCGUUUGAGUGUGAUGUGAAACAAUUGUAUUAUGUCCAUAAUCUUCUUUCUUCCCUGUGUCUUGUACGUACUAGUUAUAUAUACGUAUGUGUGUUCUAGUCUUGUUAAUUCUCUUUGUUCAGAAUGUCUGCCUAUGUAGUUUCUAAUUUCUCAAGCUUAAGAAAAUACCAAAAAGACGACUAGUAAAAUCUGAAUUUCUCCUUGUUGUUUACGCUUUCUUUGUCCUCAAACCUGUCUAGUUUAGGUUAUUAUUUUCUUGCAAUCCUCUCUUAAAAUUCUGUCACCUAGCUUCAGCUGAGCAUCGUUGCCGUUGCCUAGUCCCUGAGAAGAACACGACAUCCCCAUUUUGGGCAUGAAAAACCUACUGUACUUACCAUCGAUCAUUUUUGCGCCGUUGCCGGGGACUAGCUUCGAGCGAUUGUGUUAGGCUAUAGACUAGGUUUUUCUUAUUUUUCUAGUUUUUGCCAUAUAUUUGUGAUAUAUCUCUAACCACUAACCCCUGUUCUAGCUAGUAUCUCUUUGUUUUCUUUUCCUUUUGCAGGUUAGAGCUAUCUACUCGGUUAUGACAUAUUAUUCAGAUUAUCUCGGAGAUGCAAGGAACACUACAAACAGCACGGAAACUAUUCAAGAACUGAUAAGUAAGAUUUCCCAUCGAUUAUAUGAUUUAGCUCGGCAGCGAGAAGUAGUUUUUGAGGAUAGGCCUAGCUCUUAUGAUCCUUAUUCUAGAGGACAUCUUUAUUUUGCUCCUACAUGCCAUAUUUGUGGAUUUUAGGGCCAUUCACCCGCUGAAUGUCAGCGUGGUUACUCUCACUUCCCAAUUGUUAUGGCAUGAGCUUCGCCCCACAGCCUAGCUCAUACCAAAACAAUUACUCAUAUGGGUGGCCUGAGAACCAGAAUAUGUCAUAUAGGAGCAACAACCCUGAGAUCUCACCGUUUGCUUCUAGUAAUCAUAUGCAGGGAUUUAGGUACAAUGGGGAGAGCCACAACUAUGCUCCACAACAGAUUUAUUCAGCUCCUACUCAUAUACCUCAAGACCAGGAGAUGUUGCCAAUGGAGUUAAAUGGUCCUCCAUUUGGUCAACCAACAACUCCAGCAACCGCCGAGAAAUCUCAUGUGCAAGUGCCCGCACAAGAUGAAUUUGAUGAUAUAGACAAGAUCACAUUGCUUAGUCUCGAGUUCACUUGGAGUGCCGAGGAUGAUCCUAUUAGGAAGGUUAUACUAGAGGAAAUGAAGAAGAUCAAGAGUGGAAAAGAGCUAGUGGAAGAAGUAAGGAAGAUUGAGAAGAACAUCAACGCCGGCAACACUAUUUCUUCACAGCUUGAGCUGAGUGUUUCUGGGAUUCCCCUUGAUACAUGUGAGGUUCCAACACCUUCAUAUCCAGCCAAGGAAGAUAGCUAGUGCCUUGAGGAAGAGAUAUCUCAGAUUGAAGAAGAUGAACUAGAAGACAAGGAACAAGAUGACCAAGAGCUUGAAUGCCCAAGUGAUCAAGACGAAGAUCCGUUGCCUCUCACUCCUGGAGAAGUAAAAGAAGCUCCUAUAGUUGAAGAUGAAGAACCAGAAAUUCAUUUUCCCAUCAUCAUACAAGAGCGUGAUAUAGCAGGUUUAUCUAAUCCUGUCGAUGACAUGGGUCCAUAUGAAUUGUUUGCUACUACCUUGCAUUGCAUGAUGUUAUUUGUUAAAGUAGAUUUGAAGAAGUGUUUGCUUGGAUAUGAUGAUACAUAUACUAUUGGUGGCAUUGGUCAUAUUAAUGAUGAUCACACUUAUUUUCCUCAUGCCAAACCUAUGCUUAAUGAUAAAUAUCAUCCUCAUGUUAGUAUUGAGCUUGCUGAUUCCUAUCAUACUCGUCAUGUUCUUUAUAGCUAUGCUUAUGUAAUUGGGUUCUCUAUUGAUGAUUUAGAGGGCAUUACCCCUUUCACUUGUAUGGUCUCUUUUGUCGAGUGCUCUUUCAGGUUUUUGCUACUGCACCAUUCACUACAUGCUGACCAGGUUCGAGGUGACAUUCCUUGGGACCCCGGUGGAUCCUGAGCACGGAGAUGAGGAGAAGCAAUGGUCACACACGUGAGGAAGGGAGAAGCAAUGGGCACAUACAAGGAAGAGAAAAGCUGGAGCGUGCACGAGGAUAGAGAGCAUGAGGAUAGAGAAGCAAAUGGAGAGGAGUCACGAUGCAAGAGGAUGUGAUAUGAUCGAGCAAGUUCUACUUCAUAAAGCCUGAAAAGUGCGAGAAGGCACUAUAAACUUCAAGAUCUUGACUAAGUGGCUAAGAGAACGAAGAAGAGGAGGAAGAAUGGAUUUGUGUGAGAAGAAACGAACUAACCAGGGGGGCAACUUGAGAAGAGAGGGAUGUUCUUGCGAAGGAAGAAGGAAGCAGGAGGGCCAUUGUGCAAAUGGAAGAUCAGAUCGAGGGGUCAAAAUCCCUAGCCAUCUCCUUCGAUCCGCUCCGGGCCUGGCAUCUCCAUCUCUCUCCCCCUCACCACAUCUUCUUCACCUCCGGCCGCCGCCACGGCCAGGGUGGCAUGGUGGUGCGCCUCUGCGCCAUCCAUCACCUGCACCACCGCACCCCAGCGCGCCACCAACACCUCCACCAUCACCCUGCGCCUCCAUUCAUCACCAUCCACAGCGCCGCCUCAUCACCUCGCGGCGCCGCCCAUGCAUCUCCCUGCCGCUCCUCCACCUUUUUUCUUAUCCUAACCCUACUGCUACCCUUCUACUUCUUCUUCCCGCAUCCCCGCUGCUCUUCUUGUUAUGCCCCUGCUGCUCCUCCUUCUCCUCUCUCCAAGCCCCGCUGCUGCUCCCUUCGCGUACCUUGCUGCUCCCUGCCUCUUCUCUGAACCUUUUGCUGCUGCUCCUUCCCCCACGAACCUGCUGCUGCUCCUUUCUCAAUGCUCCUGCUGCUUCUUCUCUCCCACACCUCUUGCUUUUGCUCUUCUCUGAACCAAAACUGUUGUUUCUUUCUCUUACCCCGCUGUUGUUCUCUCCCUCUACUAAUCUUGAUGCAGAUUGUCUCCAACUUGCCUCCCAGCUGAUCUUCUCCAUCACCUACACCAUCUACAACUACAAGCCUAAAGAUUGACCGGGAAUUAAUCUCUGAAUCUCUCUCUUCUCUUGCUACUCUACUCUGAAUUUUUGUACUGUUCUACUAAGUUGUUUGUUCAGUUUCAAAUCUGUCAUAUGUGAAUUGUUCUGGGGCAUGUGACUCCCUGUUCUUGUAUGAGUUAAUUAGUUAAAUUGGUCACUUGAGUACUACACUUGUUGCGUAGUCGAGUUGGUUCAAUUUUAGUUACUGUGUUGCUCAAGUACCUGUGAUAUAUGAAUAUGUGCGUUUGAGUGCGAUGUGAAACAAUUGUAUUAUGUCCAUAAUCUUGUUUCUUCCCUGUGUGUUGUACGUACUAGUUAUAUAUACGUAUGUGUGUUCUAGUCUUGUUAAUUCUCUUUGUUCAGAAUGUCUGCCUAUGUAGUUUCUAAUUUCUCAAGCUUAAGAAAAUACCAAAAAGACGACUAGUAAAAUCUGAAUUUCUCCUUGUUGUUUACGCUUUCUUUGUCCUCAACCCUGUCUAGUUUAGGUUAUUAUUUUCUUGCAAUCCUCUCUCAAAAUUCUGUCACUUAGCUUUAGCUGAGCAUCGUUGUCGUUGCCUAGUCCCUGAGGAGAACACGACAUCCCCAUUUUGGGCAUGAAAAACCUACUAUACUUACCAUCGAUCAUUUUGGCGCCGUUGCCGGGGACUAGCUUCGAGCGAUUGUGUUAGGCUAUAGACUAGGUUUUUCUUAUUUUUCUAGUUUGUGCCAUAUAUUUGUGAUAUAUCUAUAACCACUAACCCCUGUUCUAGCUAGUAUCUCUUUGUUUUCUUUUCCUUUUGCAGGUUAGAGCUAUCUACUCGGUUAUGGCAUAUUAUUCAGAUUGUCUAGGAGAUGCAAGGAACACUACAAACAGCACAGAAACUAUUAAAGAACUGAUAAGUAAGAUUUCCCAUCGAUUAGAUGAUUUAGCUCGGCAGCGAGAAGUAGUUUUUGAGGAUAGGCCUAGCUCUUAUGAUCCUUAUUCUAGAGGACAUCUUUAUGUUGCUCCUACAUGCCAUAUUUGUGGAUUUCAGGGCCAUUCACCCGCUGAAUGUCAGCGUGGUUACUCUCACUCUCCCAAUUGUUAUGGCAUGAGCUUCGCCCCACAGCCUAGCUCAUACCAAAACAAUUACUCAUAUGGGUGGCCUGAGAACCAGAAUAUGUCAUAUAGGAGCAACAACCCUGAGAUCUCACUGUUUGCUUCUAGUAAUCAUAUGCAGGGAUUUAGGUACAAUGAGGAGAGCCACAACUAUGCUCCACGACAGAUUUAUUCAACUCCUACUCAUAUACCUCAACACCAGGAGAUGUUGCCAAUGGAGUUAAAUGGUCCUCCAUUUGGUCAACCAACAACUCCAGCAACCGUCGAGCAAUCUCAUGUGCAAGUGCCCACACAAGAUGAAUUUGAUGAUAUAGACAAGAUCACAUUGCUUAGUCUCGAGUUCACUUGGAUUGACGAGGAUGAUCCUAUUAGGAAUGUUAUACUAGAGGGAAUGAAGAAGAUCAAGAGUGGAAAAGAGCCAGUGGAAGAAGUAAGGAAGAUUGAGAAGAACAUCAAGGCCGGCAGCACUAUUUCUUCACAGCUUGAGCUGAGUGUUUCUGGGAUUCCCCUUGAUACAUGUGAGGUUCCAACACCUUCAUAUCCAUCCAAGGAAGAUAGCAAGUGCCUUGAGGAAGAGAUAUUUCAGAUUGAAGAAGAUGAACUAGAAGACAAGGAACAAGAUGACCAAGAGCUUGAAUGCCCAAGUGAUCAAGACGAAGAUCCGUUGCCUCUCACUCCUGGAGAAGUAAAAGAAGCUCCUAUAGUUGAAGAUGAAGAACCAGAAAAUCAUUUGCCCAUCAUCAUACAAGAGCGUGAUAUAGCAGGUUUUUGCUACUACACCGUUCACUACAUGCUGACCAGGUUCGAGGUGACAUUCCUUGGGACCCCGGUGGAUCCUGAGCACGGAGAUGAGGAGAAGCAAUGGUCACACACGUGA